CCGCACGGUCACCGCGGCCAAGCGCAGGCUGGUAUCUGAUUACCUUCUAUCUACAGCAACGCCGAUUUUCCGGCCUUGGACUACAUUUCCCUUAAGGCUUUGCUGGUCGACAUUCUAUGUCUCUCCGUCUGUCUUUCCCACGCGAACUUGGCGCCUCUUCCUGUGAUUAUGCUCUCAGGGUGAGUACUUUUGCCUUGGAGGAAGAUCAGCUCAAGCCUGGUGGAAGGUUUGGAGCCGGAACCCCACCCCGUCUUUGAAGCCUCCCGAGGGCAGCGUCAAACGGGCCAAGCCCAUACUCCGAGGUAUGAGGACGCCAUCUUCCCUGUAGCUGGUCUGGCUCUGGACUACACUUCCCAGAGCCCACAGCGGCCCAGCGUUACGUCUCUCUUGACGUCGUGGCGAGGUCGUUAGCUUCGCAGGGCCCCGGACGCGACCACGGGGAGGCAGAAGCAUAGGCAGGGUCCCAGACUAAAGGAGACUCCGCCAUCCUGUAGCUGUACCAUCUGAAACACACAGCCUCCUUGGCCACCACAUCAGCAAUAGAAAGAUUAGAGAAUUAUGUGGUCUGGAUUAUGUGGAAGACUGGAUACUUGAAAAACUGGAUAAUGGAAGUUGCUUCUGUAAAUUAGGUGUGAAUUUUUUUUGGAGCAAGGAAGACAUCCUGGACUGUGGAAAGAGGUUAACAAGAGGCCUGUGCACAGGACUCUGCACUUGUUCAAGAAUCUAAAGAAAUCCAAGCAGGACAGGUAGUUCUAAAAGCCAUGACCCAGGGAUUGGUGACAUUUAGGGAUGUGGCCAUAGAGUUCUCUCAGGAAGAAUGGAAGUGCCUGGAACCUGCCCAGAAGGACUUGUACAAGGAUGUAACUUUGGAGAACUUCAGUAACUUGGUCUCACUAGGACUUUCCCUUUCUAAGCCCGAUGUCAUCUCCUUACUGGAGCAAGGGAAAGAACCCUGGAUGGUUGUAAAUGAUACAGGACCAUGGUGCCCAGACUUGGAGUCCAGGUGUGAUAAAUUUCUACAAAAAGAUAUCUUUGAAGUAGAGUCAUUCGAUUGGGAGCUGAUGGAAAGCCUUACAUGCUGUGCUUUUGAGGGCUCCAGUUUUAGAGAUGACUGGGCAUACAAAAGCCAGUUUGAAAAACAACAAGUAAAUCAUGAGUGCUCUUUCAAGCAAGUGAAAAUCACCUAUGGAAACAUGCCCACUUUUGAGCAUCAUACAUCCCUCACCCUACAUCCCAGCAAUGAGACUGGUGAGAAACUGAUUGAAUGUAAUGAAUGUGGGAAAGCAUUUAGCCGUGGCUCACACCUUAUUCAACAUCAGAAAACUCAUACGGGUGAAAAGCCCUUUGAAUGUAAGGAAUGUGGGAAAGCCUUCAGUCGUACCUCUCACCUUGUUCAACAUCAGAGAAUUCAUACAGGGGAGAAACCUUAUGACUGUAAGGAGUGUGGGAAGGCCUUUGGUCGUACUUCAGAACUUAUUCUACAUCAGAGACUUCAUACUGGUGUCAAACCCUAUGAAUGUAAAGAAUGUGGAAAGACCUUUAGACAGCACUCACAACUUAUUCUGCAUCAUAGAACUCAUACAGGUGAGAAACCCUACGUAUGUAAAGACUGUGGCAAGGCUUUUAUUCGCGGCUCACAACUUACUGUUCAUCGGAGAAUUCAUACAGGUGCUAGACCCUAUCAGUGUAAAGAAUGUGGGAAAGCCUUUAGACAGCAUUCACAGCUUACUGUGCACCAGAGGAUUCAUACUGGGGAGAAACCCUAUGAAUGUAAGGAGUGUGGCAAGGGCUUUAUUCAUAGCUCAGAAGUUACUCGACAUCAAAGAAUUCAUUCUGGGGAGAAACCCUACGAAUGUAAAGAAUGCGGGAAGGCCUUUAGACAGCACGCACAGCUUACACGACAUCUGAGAGUUCAUACAGGUGACAGACCCUAUGAGUGUAAAGAUUGUGGGAAGGCCUUUAGUCGUAGUUCGUACCUUAUUCAGCAUCAAAGAAUUCAUACAGGUGACAAACCCUACGAAUGUAAGGAAUGUGGGAAAGCCUUUAUUCGUGUUUCACAACUGACUCAUCAUCAGCGGAUUCACACUUGUGAGAAACCCUAUCAAUGUAGGGAAUGUGGAAUGGCCUUUAUUCGUAGUUCACAGCUUACUGAACAUCAGAGAAUUCAUCCUGGUAUCAAACCUUAUGAAUGUAGAGAAUGUGGGCAGGCCUUUAUUCUUGGCUCACAGCUCAUUGAACACUACAGAAUUCAUACUGGCUAGAAAGCCUUGAUGUUAGGGAUGUAGGAAAGCCUUUAUGUGGAAUUCAUGCCUGACUCAAUAUUAGAUAAUGCAUAAUGUAAUGUAAUUAUUGUCAGAGAACCUUCAUUUGUCACCUCCAUUAUGGAACAUCAGGUAAUUCAUACCAGAAGAAAAUUCAAUAAACAUGGGAAUUCUUUUUGCCUCACACUCACUGUUUACUAAGCAUCAGAGAUCUUACACUGAAAAAAAAUUAAUAUGAAUAUAGAAGAGCCUCCUGUUACCACUCAAAAUAUGUUAAACUUCUGAGAAUUCCUAAUAGAAAAUGACCCUAUUAAAACAUUUUGUGACUGUGCCUUUCGCCAUAUACCUUACUUAACAUUAUCUCACUUCCAGCAAUUACUGACUGUAUAACAUUGGGUAAAUUAUGCAAUGUCUGUGUUCCUCAGUUUACUUAUUUUUAAGCAGUGAUAAUUAUAUGUACCUAAUAGAGUUUAUGUGAAGAUUGUCAGAUAUUUUAUAUAAAGCCUAUGCUCAAUAAAUACUAU